GUUUUAGGUAGUGAGAACGAGGGCUAAAAUGGCCAGUCAGGAUGAUCCUGUGCAAAGGGAGAUUCACCAGGAUUGGGCCAACCGGGAGUACAUCGAGGUGAUCACCAGCAGCAUCAAGAAAAUCGCUGACUUCCUGAACUCAUUUGAUAUGUCCUGUCGCUCACGACUGGCAACACUAAACGAAAAGCUGACCGCAUUAGAAAGAAGAAUUGAGUAUAUAGAAGCAAGGGUAACCAAAGGUGAAACCCUGACAUAAGAGAAAUCCACCGUUCUACACGUUUUCUGAGCUUGCUUUUAUAAAUAAACACUCUAUGGGCCUCUUCCCAGCCUGAAACUAUAAUCCACUCUCCUUAUCGUCGCAGAGACAAACAAAUUUCCCCAAACCUUUUCUUAAUGGUUUUGCUUGUUCAUUGCUCCGUUUCCUUAUUUCGUGACAUUCCGCCUGACUCUGUGCAUAAAGAAACUGCUGUAGAGCUUGUGCUGUUACUAUGUACAAAGCUACUCGCAGCUCACUAACUAAAUGCCUCUUGUAAUGUGUGAAAAGAUGGACUGUACCAUGUGCCAAUCAUGUAGAGUGGUUGUUUCCUUUCCUUAUUCUUUGUACUGGUGUUUCAAUAUAUUUUAUUUCUCUUACAAAUAAAGUGCUGAACUUUUAUUCUGCAA